AUGAAGUCGUUGAUCCUGGCAUUACUUUGUAUCCACCUGUCAAAAGGUGUACAUAGAAUCAUUCUGAAGAAAGGAAAAUCCAUUCGUGAAAAUAUGAGAGAGAAUGGAGUGUUGGAAGAAUUUUUAGAAAAAUACCAUAUUGAUCCUGGAUUAAAAUAUCAGUUCAAUAAAUUUGGUGUUACAUAUGAACCAAUGACCAAUUAUUUGGACUCUUAUUACUUUGGAAAAAUAAGCAUUGGGACUCCACCACAAGAUUUUCUUGUUCUUUUGGACACCGGCUCUGGUUAUCUGUGGGUACCUUCUACAUAUUGUACAUCAAACGCCUGUGGAAACCAUAAUCUAUUUAACCCAAAACAGUCAUCUACUUAUUACAGCUAUAGUGACCAAACUUUUGUCCUGCGCUAUGGAUUUGGUGACUUGAGUGUAAAGCUAGGUUUUGAUACUGUGCGGAUCCAGAAUAUUGUAGUUCAAAAACAACAGUUUGGAUUGAGUGUGGAUGAAGCCAACUAUCCCUUCUACUAUAGCAACUUUGAUGGCAUUUUGGGUUUGACCAAUCCUCCUCCAAUUACCGAGAGAUCAUACACACUCUUGCACGAGAUGAUGAGUCAAAAUCAGAUUUCUGAACCCAUUUUUAGCUUUUACUUCUCACGUCAACCAACUUAUCAAUAUGGAGGAGAACUGAUAUUGGGAGGCAUUGACCCCCAGAUGUACACUGGGGAAAUUACCUGGGCCCCUAUGACUGACCAGGGUUACUGGCAGAUCGGUAUAGAAGAAUUUUCUAUUGGCAACAAGGCCACUGGCUGGUGCAGUGAAGGCUGCCAGGGCAUUGUGGACACGGGAACAAUUUUUCUAACUAUUCCACAACAAUAUUUAACGGAUUUUGUUCAGACUGUAAAUGCUGGUUCA